AUGCUCAGUGGGGAAGCUAUUUUCAUUGGAGCUAACAAGCAAUCACAAGUGAGUGACUACUACGCUCCUGGAAAGUGCGUUGCAUUUGGAGCAGGGAAGACAAUUGCACUAUGGAAUCCAUUAGACGCAAAUUGUUCAGGAGUUUAUGCGACUCUAAAGGGCCAUGAUGCCGAGGUUAUAUGUGUGAAAUUUAUUCCUGAGGAUAAGCUUAUGGUUUCUGCAUCUGAGGAUUGCAAGAUUAAGAUAUGGAAGGGUGAUGAAGAAUGGGAGCUGAUUCAGACUCUAGAACAAAAUGAGCAAUCUAUUACAGCUAUCACAGCUUCUCCAGGCUUACUAAUUGUGGGAGCUGCGAAUGGUAGUAUUAGUUUAUGGAAGCAGUCCGAUUCUGGCUUUGAGUUUGAUCAUCGGUUUCAAGUUCGUGAGAGAUUUUUGCCCUUGUGCCUUGCAUUAUGCGAGUUAGCGUCUGGAAGUUAUCUGUUGGCUGUUGGAGGGAGCUCUGUUAAUGUAGAAAUAUAUGCGGUGAACCUAAAUGAAGAUUCGAUCUCGUGCAAACCAGUUGCAACGUUGGAAGGUCACGAGGAUUGGGUUAAAGCGUUGGAUUUCCGUUACAAUGGCCCAGAUGAUUUCGUUCUUGCUUCUGGAUCCCAAGAUAAAUACAUUAGACUAUGGAGAGUAAGAGCUAAUGAGAAGAUAGAAAGGGAUGAUUCUGAUAAAUUGACCUUGUUGAGCAAUAAGAAAUAUGAAUUCCAAGUCAAUGAGGAGAUACAUGCAGCCAUUAAUUUUGAAGCACUAAUUAUGGGCCACGAUGACUGGAUUUCUUCUUUGAAAUGGCAUGAUACAAGGUACCAACUGCUAGCAUCCACUGCUGACACCUCUGUUAUUGUUUGGGAACCAGAUGAACAUUCUGGAAUUUGGGUCUGUGCUUCAAGAUUGGGCGAAUUCAGCUUUAAAGGUUCUUCUACUGCUACUGGCUCAGCUGGUGGGUUUUGGUCGUGUUUGUGGUUUCAUGAAUCCGAUAAGGAGUACAUUUUAACCAAUGGUAAGACAGGAUCCUGGAGGUCCUGGGAGUCUUGUGAUGGAGGUAUAACCUGGAACCAGAAAUUGGCUAUUAGUGGUCCCAAGAAGGCAGUUACUGAUGUUGCUUGGUCGCGCAGUGGCAAAUACUUGUUUUGCACAUCCCUGGAUCAAACAACUCGACUCUACGCCCAAUGGCUUUUUGACUCUAAUGGAGCAAGAUCAUGUACAUCAUGGAAUGAGUUCUCCAGGCCGCAAAUCCACGGUUAUGAUAUGAUCUGCAUUGAACCUAUUUCAGAUACCAGAUUUAUAUCUGCUGGUGAUGAGAAGGUUUUAAGGGCUUUUGAUGAGCCUAAAGCGAUUGCCCAACUGUUAAACAAGUUAAGUGGGAUUGAAGACGUGACAGGAGCUACUUAUGCGGAGGCUGCAAUGUUGCCUGCAUUGGGAUUGUCCAACAAGGCAACGCAGGAUGAAAACGAUGACGACGAUCCUAAUGCUAUGGAGACCGCAGAGAACGUGAACAUAACUGCAGACCUCCUAUUAGAAUUGUUUACACCACCUUUCGAAGAUCAGCUACAGCGGCACACUCUGUGGCCUGAAAUAGAGAAAUUGUAUGGGCACGGAUAUGAAAUAUCCACACUGGAUGUUUCACCCGAUGCUACUUUGGCCGCCACGGCAUGCAAGUCUAAUAAUUCUCAGAAUGCAUUAAUUAGAAUUUUUGACACUCAAAGCUGGCUUCAACUCCGCCCCACUGCCGAGUACCACAACCUCACAAUUACCAGACUAAAGUUCUCGAGGGACAAUAGAUAUCUUUUAAGUGUGAGUAGAGAUAGACGAUGGGCUGUGUGGGAACGGAACUUUGAAACCAACACCUUUCAGUUUUCAAGUGGCCAUGAAAAGCCACAUAGCAGGAUUAUAUGGGAUUGUGAUUGGAUGCCACUAGAGUUUGGAGAUGCGUUUGUUACGGUUUCUAGAGAUAAGACGAUUAAGCUCUGGCGGUCCAACAAGAGGAUGGAUAUCCGUGACAGUUCCAACGGAGAUAACGGCUAUGAGCUGGAACAAUCAUUAAGACUCGGGGAGGCAGUCACUGCUGUAUCCGUCUACAGUCAAUUAGUGGAAGGGAAAGUAGCCAUUGCUAUGGGUUGCGAGAGUGGAGCAAUCCAUAUAUACACUUACUCUGGGAAAAAUUUUGAUAAAGUGGUUGAGCUAGACACGAAAAUAACACCUGCAGAUAGAAUCAACCGAAUCAGGUGGAACCCUGUUGAAAAAGACGGGCUGUUAUUUAUCGGCGUAGGCAGUUUGGACACCUCCACACGAAUCUAUUCGAUUGGAAGGUCCACGCUGUGA